AUGAAAGAUAAUUAUUUAAGUGAAGAAGAUUACAAUGUUUUCUUGGUGGAUUGGAAAGUUCUCGCUGAUCGUUUUUAUCUAUCGGCGGUAGCCAAUGCUAGAGUAGUUGGGGUAUUUUUGGCGCGAUUUAUUGUCACUUUGAAGGAAGAGGGCAUGGACGAUAUCCAUCUGAUUGGACACAGUUUAGGUGCUCAUGUAGCCGCAGUUGCUGCCCAUUACUUGGAAGAUCAAAAAGUUUCGAGAAUCACGGGAUUGGAUCCAGCCGGGCCAUUAUUUGAUUCAGUGGGAGAAGACGCAAUAUUGAGCGCAGAAGAUGCUGAGUUUGUCGACGUCUAUCAUACCAACGCAAAGAUUGCAGGCAAGUUUGUUACUUGCGGGCACGUUGAUUUCUACUUCAAUGGCGGAAAAAGCCAACCCGGAUGUGGCGAUUUGAAUUUCGCUUGCUAUCAUAGAAGAGCUGUGCAUUAUUUUGCGGAAUCUAUAAUUUCGUAUCAUGGUUUUGGGGCCCAUCCAUGCAAUCUAGAAGACCUAAGCAGCUACAAAUCCGGAAAAUGUUCGUCUAGCCAACCAAUGAUUCUUGCCGGCGAAUAUGCUGAUAGAGAGUCGACUGGUACUUACAGUGUUGUUACUAAUGCGCAAAGUCCUUUUGUACGAGAACCAUUCUGGUAG